AUGAUUCACAUCUGUCUAAUCACUGGCUUUACUGAGGAGGAUAUUUACGACUGUCUAACCAGGGACUUUACCGAGGAGGAGAUUCACGACUGUCUAACCAUAGGCUUUCCCGAGGAGGAGAUUCACGACUGUCUAACCAGGGACUUUACCGAGGAGGAGAUUCACGGCUGUCUAACCCGAGGCUUUGCCGAGGAAGAGAUUCACGACUGUAUAACCAUAGGCUUUACCGGACUAUGUCGAGGAGGAGAUUCACGACUGUCUAACCAGGGACUUUACCGAGGAGGAGAUUCACGACUGUCUAACCAGGGACUUUACCGAGGAGGAGAUUCACGGCUGUCUAACCCGAGGCUUUGCCGAGGAAGAGAUUCACGACUGUAUAACCAUAGGCUUUACCGUUUAGGAGAUUCACGACUGCCUAACCAGGGACUUUACCGAGGAGGAGAUUCACGGCUGUCUAACCCGAGGCUUUGCCGAGGAAGAUAUUCACGACUGUCUAACAAGUGGUUUUACCGAGGAAGAGAUUCACUACUAUCUAACUCGAGACUUUGCCGAGGAAGAGAUUCACGACUGUCUAACCAGGGACUUUACCGAGGAGGAGAUUCACGGCUGUCUAACCAGGGACUAUGUCGAGGAGGAGAUUCACGACUGUCUAACCAGGGACUUUACCGAGGAGGAGAUUCACGACUGUCUAACCAGGAACUUUACCGAGGAGGAGAUUCACGACUGUCUAACCAGGGACUUUACCGAGGAGGAGAUUCACGACUGUCUAACCAGGGACUUUACCGAGGAGGAGAUUCACGACUGUCUAACCAGGGACUUUACCGAGGAGGAGAUUCACGACUGUCUAACCAGGGACUUUACCGAGGAGGAGAUUCACGACUGUCUAACCAGGGACUUUACCGAGGAGGAGAUUCACGACUGUCUAACCAGGGACUUUACCGAGGAGGAGAUUCACGACUGUCUAACCAGGGACUUUACCGAGGAGGAGAUUUACGACUGUCUAACCAGGGACUUUACCGAGGAGGAGAUUCACGACUGUCUAACCAGGGACUUUACCGAGGAGGAGAUUCACGACUGUCUAACCAGGGACUUUACCGAGGAGGAGAUUCACGACUGUCUAACCAGGGACUUUACCGAGGAGGAGAUUCACGACUGUCUAACCAGGGACUUUACCGAGGAGGAGAUUCACGACUGUCUAACCAGGGACUUUACCGAGGAGGAGAUUCACGACUGUCUAACCAGGGACUUUACCGAGGAGGAGAUUCACGACUGUCUAACCAGGGCUUUGCCGAGGAAGAUUCACGACUGUCUAACCAGUGGACUUUACCGAGGAGGAGAUUCACGACUGGACUUUACCGAGGAGGAGAUUCACGACUGUCUAACCAGGGACUUUACCGAGGAGGAGAUUCACGACUGUCUAACCAGGGACUUUACCGAGGAGGAGAUUCACGACUGUCUAACCAGGGACUUUACCGAGGAGGAGAUUCACGACUGUCUAACCAGGGACUUUACCGAGGAGGAGAUUCACGACUGUCUAACCAGGGACUUUACCGAGGAGGAGAUUCACGACUGUCUAACCAGGGACUUUACCGAGGAGGAGAUUCACGACUGUCUAACCAGGGACUUUACCGAGGAGGAGAUUCACGACUGUCUAACCAGGGACUUUACCGAGGAGGAGAUUCACGACUGUCUAACCAGGAACUAUACCGAGGAGGAGAUUCACGACUGUCUAACCAGGUACUUUACCGAGGAGGAGAUUCACGACUGUCUAACCAGGAACUUUACCGAGGAGGAGAUUCACGACUGUCUAACCAGGGACUUUACCGAGGAGGAGAUUCACGACUGUCUAACCAGGGACUUUACCGAGGAGGAGAUUCACGACUGUCUAACCAGGGACUAUGUCGAGGAGGAGAUUCACGACUGUCUAACCAGGGACUUUACCGAGGAGGAGAUUCACGACUGUCUAACCAGGGACUUUACCGAGGAGGAGAUUCACGUUACCGAGGAGGAGAUUCACGACUGUCUAACCAGGGACUUUACCGAGGAGGAGAUUCACGACUGUCUAACCAGGAACUAUACCGAGGAGGAGAUUCACGACUGUCUAACCAGGAACUUUACCGAGGAGGAGAUUCACGACUGUCUAACCAGGGACUUUACCGAGGAGGAGAUUCAUUAACGACUGUCUAA